AGAACGGAAAAUAACUUUUGGAAUGGAGGCUGUAUCUGCAAUUAUCACUCCUGUUGUUGAAUCGUUGCUGGUUCCCAUUAAGAGACACUUGGGUUUCUUCUUUUCCUCCACAAAAUAUGAUAGAGACAUGCAUGACAAGAAAAGGGAAUUGAAAUCGGCAGCAAUUGAUAUGAAGAGAAGGAAGGAAGAAAAUGAUGAGAAAACUUUGAUGGUACCUCAUGGUGUUGAAAGUUGGUUGGAACAAGCUGAAAAUAUCGAUAGGGAAGGUGAUAGUAUAUCAGCGGGUGGAAAUGGAUGUUUACAUAUGAAGACAAGGUACAAAGCUGGCAAACAGUGCUCCAAUUUCAUCAAGCGUAUUGACCGCCUUGUGGAAGAAAAAAAUAAAAUGGUGUGGACUAAUGAGCAAAUACCUCUUAGCCGUAUACCUAGUUCUGCUACCCCUCAAGUACUGCAAGAUGUUCCCAAAACCAUUUUUGAUUUUAGACAAUCGAUAUUUGAAAGGGCAUUGCAAUUGCUUGAACCAGAUAAUCCGACCCAGAAGGUGGCUCUUUUUGGUAUCGGUGGUAUAGGGAAGACCACAAUGAUGGAAGAACUGAAGAAGGUUGUAGAGAAUAGGAAAAUGUUUGAGCGGGUUGUAAGGGUGGUUAUGGGGAAAAGCAGUGAUCCAAUUGCAUUUCAAGAAGCUAUCGCACAGUACACCGGUGGAAAGCUAUCAGAAUCAACUAAGGAAGCAAGGGCUGUUCGUCUUAAGGAAAGACUAUUGCGGAUGUCCCAAGAUGGCAGGAAAAAGAUUUUGAUUAUAUUGGAUGAUCUUUGGAACAUCGUUGACCUCAAAGAUAUUGGACUAGCGAGUCCAUUUCCAAAGGGCUUUAAGUUAUUUCUCACAUCACGGGAUGAAAGGCUUUGUGGUCAGAUGGGCGUUGAAACUAGCUCAAUUUUGAAAAUGGGUGGUUUGGAAGAGGCAAAAGCAAAACAAUUAUUCUGGGAAACCACGGGACUUUCAGAGGGUGCUGUUGAUCAUCAGCUCAUUAAGCUAGGAGAAGAUAUUGUGAAGAGGUGUAGUGGGUUGCCGAUGGCCAUAAAAACCAUUGCCUUGGCUCUUAGAGGUGAAAUAAAGGAUGCAUGGAAACUUACGCUUUCAUGUUUAGAGCAGCAUGACCUUCAAGACCUUUAUGGUGUUGCGCAUGACAUAUUUGAGAUAAGCUACAACUAUCUGAAAAAUAAUGAUGAUAAGGAAAUUUUCAUUCUUAGUGGCUUAUUUCCUGAUGACGUUGAUAUUCCGUUGGAGGACUUGAUGAGGUAUGCAUGGGGAUUGAAGUUGUUCAAUAAAGUGUAUAGUUUAGCCGAAGCAAGACGGCAGACUAACACUUCUGUUCACAACCUCAUACGUGCAAAUUUAUUGGUUGAAAGUGAUCGAAUAGGAUGUGUCAAAAUGCAUGAUCUUGCACGUUCUUUCGUUCUAUCUAAUAUUUCAAAAUUCAAGCAAGCUUCCGUUGUUAACCAUAGUGACAUGUCCGAAUGGCCUACACAAGAUACAGUGGAGUCUUGCCGACGAUUCUUAUUGAAGUGCAAUGGCAUGCCUCAAUUUCCCAAACACUUUGAUUACCCCGACCUUGAACUUUUGAAGCUAAUGAUGAAUGAUUAUGGGAAAGAGCCUCUCAUUUUUCCAGAUGAUUUUUAUACUAGAAUGAAAAAACUUCAAGUCAUUUCAUAUAGUGGUAUUGAAUAUCCACCGCUUGUUUCAAUAUCACUCACCAGCCUUCGUGUGCUAUGUCUUCGUUCAUGUUCGUUGAUGGGUGAUUUAUCUUAUCUUGGCAAUCUCAGUAAUUUGGAAAUACUCAGCUUUGCUUACUGUCAUAUCAAGAACUUACCUUCUACCGUGGGAAACCUGAAGAACCUAAAGUUACUAGAUUUGACAGGAUGCGAUGAGCUUUGUAUUGGUAAUGGUGUGUUUCAAAAGUUAAACAACCUUAAAGAGCUUUAUAUGAGAAAUUUGUAUGACGACGUUAUUAGCUUCACAGAAGACAACUGUGAAGGAUUGGAGCUGAUCUCGAAGAAACUCACUGCAUUAGAGGUCGAAUUCUUUACGAAUAAUAUUCGGCUGAAUAACUUGUCCUUUAAGAAACUUGAAAGGUUCAGGAUAUCUAUAGGUUGUCAGUUGGAUGGGAUAGAUGCAUAUGACAAUGAUGUGCAUUCAUUUGAAAACACAUUGAGACUUGUUGGUAGCUGCAAAGACGUUCGUGAAUCUGAAAUAAGCAAAUUGUUUAAGAAAACAGAGAAGCUUCAUUUGCAAGUGGAAGAUAUGAAUCAUCUUGAAGAUGUUUUGAUGCAUCCUGUUUCCAAACGUUCUUUUUGCUAUUUAAAACAUCUUUCUUUUGAAAAGUGCGCAAACUUGAAACACCUCUUCACUGUAAAUGUGGCAAGUACUUUGACUAAUCUCGAGAGAUUCACAGUUUUGUCUUGUGGCGGUCUGAAUUCCCUGAUACAUGGUGAGAAAAAUGGAGCCGAGGUGAUUAAAUUUCACAAGUUAAAGCGUUUGGUAUUGGAAGAGCUACCAAUGUUUGUAGGUUUAUGUGACAAUAUCCAUAUUGUGGUGGAGUUACCACAACUGGUGGAACUGAGACUUGCUUAUCUUCCCAAGUUAACUUGCAUCUUUGCUUCGAGUAAUAAUAUUUCCGCAAAAGGAAUAUCAUUGUUGAAUAAAGAGGUGGUGUGUCCAAAGUUGGAGGAAUUGGAAAUUCGUGAGAUGAAGAACUUGAAGGAGAUAUGGGCGUUCGAGGAGGAAGAUGAUAGAACUCCCGUGUUGAAAGAGAUUGGAGUGGGCGAAUGUGAAGAAAUUCAGAAUUUGUUUCCAAACAAUCCAAUGCGAUUACUGAGUCAUUUGGAAAAGCUUACAGUUAUAAACUGUGGUUCUAUUCAAGCGUUAUUCAAGAUAGAUUCGGAAUGUGUUGGGAAAGUUAACAGCAGCUUGAGAAGCAUCCGAGCGCGGGGUCUUCGAAAGCUAAGGGAGGUGUGGAGGAUAAGUGGUGGAGGUAACUCUGGUCUCCCCAUUCGUGGUUUUCAAGCCAUGGAAAUGAUAAAAAUCAAGGACUGUCAGAACUUCAGAGAUAUUGUCACACCUACGACCAUCCAAUUUGAUAUAUCGGGAGCAGCAGUCACUACCAUCAUGGAUUCGACGGGAGAUAAAUGGGGCAGAAACAAUAUGUCGGUUGAAUAUAUCCAAGACAAAAAGGAUCUACUUCAAGCUGUAUCAAAGGCUACCAAGCAUUAUCAUGAUCGAAAUAUCAUUAAGGACGGGGGAUGUGGACAGGUUUACAAGGGAAAACUGUCAUGGAAUGGGCGUUUGAUGUAUAUUGCUGUCUCGAGGUUUACUGCUCAGGAUAGAGAAAGUUACAUGAAUUACUUCAGGAAGGAGCUUGAAUUUCUUUCCGCUUUCAAACAUGAAAAUAUCAGCUCUAUAUUUGCAUACUUUGAUGAGGAUGAGGAUGAUGAUGAAAAUACAAUCAUUUACAAGAACGCGUUUCAUGGAAAUCUCCAAGGACAUCUAAGGAAUCCAGAACUCACAUGGUCCCGAAGACUGCAAAUAUGUUUAGGUGUUGCACGUGCAUUGAAUUAUAUCCAUAAUAAGGGUCUAAUACAUUGUGACAUCAACAGCUCUAAAAUAUUGUUAGAUGAAGAUUGGAAACCAAGGUUAUAUGGUUUUGAACUUUGCACAGAGUUUUUCCAAAGUUGGACACAUCGCCUUCACGUAUCUCGCUACGUGGACACUACAAGCGUAAUGACACCAAAAUAUGACGUUUACUUGUUCGGUUUGUUAUUGUUCGAAGUGCUUUUGGGGAAGAAACCAAAGCUGGAUGAAGAUGGUUUUGUUGAAAAACUUGAUGACAUUAUUGAUCCUAGUCUAAAGAUACAAAUAGAAAGUCAAUCGAUGAAACUCUUCAUUAAAUUAGCCAAUAGUUGUGUGGAAGAAAAACCUGUGGACCGCCCAACCAUAAAUCAGAUUGUCAAAGAGCUUGAGGAGAAUAUUGAUUGUUCAACAAAUAAAGAUAAAGGUGCAUUGUGGAAUCGCCUACCGAAGGAAAUCUUGGAGAUUGCGCUAAUCGAAAUACAAACUGCCACCGAACGUUUUAACGAAAAGUAUUAUGUAGGGUGUGGUGCGUUUGGUGCAGUGUACAAAGCAGAACUUAAUGUAGAUAUCCAAAGUUGGUCAUUAACUAAAGGGAUUUGUAAAGAUGAACUUCCCAGAAAAAGGAAAACUGUAGCUAUAAAACGACUCUUGAAGAAAGCUGAAAAGGAAUUUUCAAGUGAAAUUGAAUUGCUUUCAAGUUGUAAGCAUCAAAACGUAGUCUCUCUUCUAGGCUUUUGUCGAGAGAAGAAUGAAAGGAUUCUCGUAUUUGAGUAUGCUUCAAAAGGAACUCUGAGUGAUUAUUAUCGUCUGGGAAGAGAACCAAGUCUUACUUGGUCACAAAGAAUACAAAUUUGCCUUCAUGUUGCGCAUGGAAUUCAUUACCUUCACACCAAACCAAAAAUAAUACACCGAGAUAUAAAGAGUGAUAACAUUUUGUUGGACGAGAAUCUAAAUGCAAAGGUUGCCGACUUUGGGCUCUCCAGAUUCCAGUGUACGGUUGGCGGAGAGAGCAGUACUAUCCAUACUGUAAAUAUUGCAGGCACACAGGUGUACUUAGAUCCAGAAUAUGAGGUGACAGGCAAGUUAAAAAAGGAAUCCGAUAUUUAUUCUUUUGGAGUGGUUUUAUUUGAGAUGCUAUCUGGUAAAAUGGCUUACGAUGGUACCUACUUGAGGGAGAAUGACAAAGGACUUGGACCCGUUGUGCGGAGACGGUUUGAUGAUGAAACAUUGAAGGAGUUGAUUGAUCAUAAAAUGUUAGAAGAUGAUGAACACACUUUUACUCUAAAUAGAGGACCCACUCAAGAAUCUUAUAAUUUGUUUUCAGAAAUUGGAUAUAAAUGUUUGGCAAAAACACAAGCCGAACGUCCAAAAAUGGAGGAUGUCAUCAAAAUACUUCAAGAUGCUUUAGAGGUUCAAGGGAGAACCAUGGUAAUCUCAAGGUUUCGACUCAGUAGCAUAAAGUUGGCAACAAAGAAUUUUGACAAAAAAUACUACCUGGAGUUAGACACAUAUGGUAAGGUGUACAAAGCACAACUCGAUCAUCAUUUUGAAAGUAACAGUUUACUGGCUAGAGAAGAAAAGAGUAAUGGUGAACCGUCCAAGAAACGAAUCAGUGCAGUUAUAAAACGUAUCUCAGGUAGAAAAGAUGAGCAUGGGGAAAACAGGUUCUUUUCAGAAAUUGAAAUGCAUACUAGAUAUAAGCAUCCCAACAUUGUCCCUCUUCUUGGCUUUUGCUAUGAAGGUGAUAAUAUGCUUCUUGUUUACGAGCAUGCUUCUAACGGAAGCCUUGAUAACUAUUUGAGAGACACUGAUAGCAUGGCUAAGUAUACGUGGAUACAACGUCUACAUCAUUGUCUUGGGAUUGCACAUGGACUCAAUCAUCUACACAACCUGAUGGACCGCAAGCAAGAAGAGAUGAUACACGUUGAUAUAAGGAGUGCCAAUAUUCUGCUAGGAAAGACUGGGGAGGCCAAGAUUGCUUACUCUAGGUUCUCGAAACUACUUCCAACAAAUCAAGAAGCAAGCACCAAGACCACCAAUACUAAAGUGUACUGCUAUCCAGAAUAUCGAGAAACACGUGAACUGAAAAAACAAUCAGAUAUCUACUCCUUUGGAGUGGUGCUAUUUGAGAUCUUUUGUGGAAGGUUAGCAUAUGAUCCAGAUUACACAGUCAUAAAUGACUAUGGGCUUGCACCCAUUGCUCGACGAUGCUUCAGUGAUGGAACAAUAAUGAAAAUGAUAGAUCCCGCGCUAAAGGAAGGAACUUUAGGAGAUAUAUCAACUUCAAAUAGCAAACCUAUUUCAAAUUCCUUGCGUGCAUAUCUAAGAAUUGCCAAUCAAUGUUUGGCUGAAAAUCAAGCAGAGCGUCCAACUGUGAAAACCGUCAUCAAAGAACUGGAUAUGGCUCGACUUAACAUUCAAAGCUUUUCGUUAGAUAGAUUGAGUGAAAAAAAAUGUUACAAUCUGGCUGCACGAGACCUCUCAAUCACUUGGGGUGAUGACCCUAGAUACUGGAGAUGGAUUUCCUUACCUGAAUCAAGGUUUACUGAGGUCGCUGAACUUAUAGAGGUCUGUUGGCUUGAAGUUCAGGGUACCAUUAGUACGUCCAUCUUGUCCACUGACACUCGUUAUGCAGCUUACUUGGUGUACAAAUUGACACCUGACCAUCCGUUUGAAUACUAUCCAGUUGAAGUUUUUAUUAAGUUAGGUGGUGUUGAGAGUCAAACCAAGACUGUUUAUCUUGACCCCAAAGUCCGCCAGAGGCCAAUACUUGAUCAUUUUAGUGUCAGAAUUCAAUCUAAUGCAGGGCCCCCUUUAAACGACCCCAAACCUAGGCAAGAUGAGUGGCUCGAGAUUGAAUUGGGGGAGUUUUUUAAUCAGGAGGAAGUAAGGGAGCUCAAGAUGACCAUGAAGGUGGUAGAUGAAAUAAGUUGGAAGCAUGGUAUAAUCAUUCAAGGGAUUGAUAUUAGGCCAAAGGGAAGUUAGAGUGAUGCUUCUAGUUCUGUACCUAAGAGUUGAUGCUUCUAGUUUUGUACCUAAGAUAAUAAAUGUUUUUGUGAUGCUUCUAGUUUUGUACCUAAGAGUUGAUCAUGUGUACAACAAAAUUCUCUCUUUUGUUCUGUAUGUUUGAUGGUAAAUGAAACCUUACUUGGCAAAGUAUGUGUAUACUUGCAACUUCCUUUUUAUCGUCCGUUGUAAAAUAUAUUCUUUGCUUUGCAAUUCAA